AUAUGGAAGCACUAUAACCGUGAGUCCACAGAGAAAAGGCAAUGAAGAAGCGGGAUGUGACAUUAGGAAGUCUCAGGGGGCAACAUGUGGCCAGCGGUUAGGACGUUCCUUCCCUUCUGCAGUGCAGCACCAGUGCCUACCGUUUUACGCGGUUUGUACCACGCUAAGCAUAAGAUCAACACAAACCCCCCACUUUGUAAGUACUGCACAACUCUCACUUGUGACUACGUCCCAAGGUUUCCCCUUGCAGACUCACCCUUCGCCAUUCGGCACCGCAGAAACCCAUCUCCUAACCAGCCGCCUUUACCCCUCCACCCCACCCCGUGCCCACGGGCCGAGAUCCUGCCCUUUACAGGGGCGGGGGGCAGGGGGCGGCCGGCUACUCCCGGUGUUUGCACAGCUGCCGCCGCUCGCUCCGGGCAGCCCCCACGCCGGCCGCGUCGCGCACAAAGCCCCGGCGGUCGCGACCCCUCCGCCACAGCCCGCACCUGCGGCCCGGCCCCGCCACCGGACGGGCAGUGGAAAAGCUACGCGACACCUCCGCCCGCCGGCGGCUGCUGGGCUCCCUUCCCCACCCCCCCAGGGACAGCCGGGGCAGGUACCCUCCUCGCCUGCCGCCGCCCCGCGGUGCCCGGGGCCGGCUGGGCCCGGUCGCACUUCCCCGCAGCCGCCGCUGGCAGUGUCUUCCAUUACAGUACCUUUUUCAAAAGCCCCAGAAACCCCACACUUUGUGUUCCUUGAGGCUUUCCUACAGCAUGCAUACCACUCCCUCCCCCUUAGAAGACUGGUAUGAUACAACAGUGAGAACUUCAUCUGACCAACCUGCAAAAUAGAUGCUGGGAAGUCUUCUACUCCUGGGCAGAAUUUUGGGUUGCCUGAUUCCCUGUUCCACAACACUGGUCCUGCAGGGAUUU